AGCUCAGUAGGAGACUGACUUCACAGCUCUCCAAUACAGCGAACGAAAGUGAAAAUAUUUACGCGGAACUGAAAGUUACAAAAUCAAGGAUUUUUGAUAUAAGUAAAUGUUAACUGUAUAUGUAAAGUAUAAGAAUUAAGCAAUUCGUCUUAACUAAAGAAAAUAUUAAUUUUUAAAGUUUGAAAAUAAGUUAUUAACAAACAAAAUGAAAUUUGACGCGGCAGAAGAAGCUGAAAUUGAUGAAUUGUAUGAGUGGUUUCAACAAAAUCCAAAAUUGCCUAAGGAAAUUGAUCGCAUACUUUUGAAACGCUUCUAUAGAUGCAUGUAUGGUGACUUAAAAGGCACCAAAAAGCUUAUACAAAUUAACUACAGUUUGCGGAAUAAACACCCACACAUUUUCCUCGAACGUGACCCAACCGAUGCGGAUAGCAAGCAAACAUUCGACUAUGCAGAUUUGGUGCCACUUCCUGGACUUACGUCAGAGGGCUACAAAGUGAGCUGUUAUCGCAUGGUUGAUAUGGAUCCCGGAAAGGUCAAUCACAACGCCGAUACUAAAGCAUUUUUCAUGGUCUCUGAUUGUCGAUUCAAUACGUAUGAUGGUGGUGUUUCCAUCGAGGGUAAUUUAGAAACAUUUGCCAGCGGUGAAGUGCAAAUAUUCGACAUGAACGGCUACACAUUGAAACAUCUAAGUAAGAUGACCUUCAGCACACUGCGUAUUUACAUGGCGUUCCUACAAGAGGCACUACCCGUGCACUUAAAAGCUAUACAUAUUAUCAACUGUCCAUCCUACUUGGAUAAAGUAGUGAGCAUCAUGAAACCGUUUAUCAGUCGUGAAGUCUUCAAAUUGAUUCAUUUCCAUACCGAAAGCUUGGACAGUCUGUACGAGCAUGUGCCUCGUAGCAUAUUGCCAGAGGAAUAUGGCGGAGAUGGUGGCAAAUUGGCGGAUCUAAAGGCACAACUUCUAACGGAAUUGUCUCGCAAGCGCGAGUAUCUGAUGGACCCAAACCAUUGGAAGGUCGAUAAAGAGAAGGAAAACGCAGAACGUCGCCGUUGGCCAUUUAAAUCAUAAAUAUUCAAGUUCAAGUUAAGGCACUUGAUUAGAAAAUAACCUAUACAUACAUACAUAUGUUUCAGUUGUGUGCAUAUAUUUUUAACCAUACAAUAGACAUUUACGUGGACUACAAGGUCUGUCGCAAAAUAAACAGGACUGUUAAAAAAACAAC